AUGUCUCCUGAACUCAAAAUCUUGCAAAUACAAGUUCUUGUUCUGUUGCUUACUCUGUUUUCAUGUACUCACAACUCCCAUGGCAAAUAUAUCUUGGAAGGAUCUGCGGUUUUCAACUCAAACAGUUAUGUAAUUUUAACGAACACCACGAAGCAUUCCUACGGUCAAGCUAUCAGUAAUGAAACCUUUCCCUUCAAGAACAAGUCUUUCAACGUCAACUUCUUCUUCGCAAUCGUUUCCGAGCAUAAGCAGCGAGCCUCACACGGUAUGGCUUUCGUUUUAUCUCCUACAAGAGGCCUUCCCGGAGCUUCUUCCGAUCAGUACCUCGGAUUAUUCAACGAGGCAAACAACGGUAAAAGUUCGAAUAACGUGAUAGCUAUCGAGUUAGAUAUACAUAAAGACGAGGAGUUUGGAGAUAUUGAUGAUAAUCAUGUUGGGAUUAACAUUAAUGGUUUGAGAUCUGUUGUCUCUGCUUCUGCUGGUUACUAUGAUGAUAAAGAUGGAAACUUUAACAAACUUUCUUUGAUCAGCGGAAAGGUAAUGAGGCUUUCAAUCGCUUAUAGUCAACCUGAUAAACAGCUCAAUGUUACUUUAUGUCCUGCUGAUUUCAUUCUUCCUCCCAAGAAACCACUGUUGUCUUUAAACAGAGAUCUCUCGCAAUAUCUUUUGGAGGGUACGUAUACUGGCUUCACGGCAUCCACGGGAUCCAUGAGAGCCCUCCAUUAUAUGUUGCUGCUGCACUCUGAUGACGGAGCACAACUUCCACCGUUUGAGUUUGGCCGAGUCCCCGUCAUUCCUCCAUAUCCAAAGGAAGUGUCUGAUAGAACGAGGACAAUUUUAGCGGUAUUCUUAACGUUGGCUGUGCUUGCUGCAUUUGUCGCCUCGGGGAUUGGUUCUGUCUUCUAUCUGAGACAUAGGAAGGUUAAAGAGGUUCUUGAGGAAUGGGAGAUUCAAUGUGGACCUCAUAGGUUUGGUUAUAAGGAGCUUUACAAUGCCACAAAGGGUUUCAGCGAGAAACAACUUCUUGGGAAGGGAGGAUUUGGUCAAGUCUAUAAAGGAACGCUUCCGGGAUCCGAUGCAGAGAUUGCUGUGAAACGAACUUCUCAUGAUUCAAGACAAGGGAUGAGCGAGUUUCUAGCCGAGAUUUCGACCAUUGGUCGGCUUAGACAUCCAAAUCUAGUCAGGCUUUUGGGGUACUGUAAGCAUAAAGAGAAUCUAUACUUAGUUUAUGACUUUAUGCCUAACGGAAGCCUUGACAAGUAUCUAAAACGUAUGAACCCGAAUGAAAAUCAAGAACGGCUUACUUGGGAACAACGUUUCAAGAUCAUCAAAGAUGUUGGAACUGCUUUACUACACCUGCAUCAAGAAUGGGUACAAGUCAUCAUUCAUCGAGAUAUCAAACCGGCUAAUGUUUUAAUCGACCAGGAUAUGAAUGCAAGGCUCGGGGAUUUCGGACUGGCGAAGCUUCAUGAUCCGGGAUUGGAUCCUCAGACAUCUAGAGUAGCGGGAACAUUCGGGUAUAUAGCACCAGAGUUUGUAAGAACAGGAAAAGCAACUACAAGCACAGAUGUUUACGCCUUUGGGUUGGUUAUGCUUGAAGUCGUUUGUGGCAGAAGGCUGAUUGAGCGACGUGCAGCUGAAAAUGAGGAAGUUCUUGUGGAUUGGAUUUUAGAGACUUGGGAAAAUGGGAAACUUUUCGAUGCGGGCGAUGAAAGUAUCCGCCAAGAACAGAACAGGAGGGAAGUUGAGCUCGUUUUGAUGCUGGGCGUGUUGUGUUCUCAUCAAGCGGAAUCGAUUAGACCGGAUAUGAGUGUGGUUAUGAGGAUCUUGAAUGGCGUCUUGCAGCUCCCGGAAGAUCUUCUUGAGAUGAUAAUGGAAGAGAGAAAACGGCUUGAGACAUCAGUCCAAGUACUACUUGAUGUGAAUUCAUUUGCUACAUUGACGUUUACAAAUUCUUUCGUCUCUCAUGGAAGAUGAAGCCUGAUCGGCGAAUCCUACACACACAAAAACAGAGUUUGUGGAAAAGAAAGAAUCUUACACACACAGAACAGAGUUAUGAUAAAUCAAGAAAUCUUGUUCCUCUUCAACCGCUCGAUCAUAAAUCAUGCUUUUUCUUUGUUGCUUUAGAAGUUUUAUUGAUCUGGUUUGUAUUGUAUAAUAAGAAAGCUAGUGAAAUAGCGUCUAUUGCGUUGAA